UGGUCCGCUCACGUGCUCGUUCAUGCGCAAUCACAUGACACGGCUAACGUGACCCGGAUACAUCGGCGCGAACAUGGCGGACGCAGACAGUUCGAAGUCGCUGAACGGCUUGCUAAAUGGGAUCGCUCAGAUAGUGUACUAUAACAACUCGGAAAUCACAGAGGAGCUUUUGAAAAAUGAACUCUACCCUGACUUGUCGGUGGAGGAGUUUCACGUUUUACUCGAGAAGAUGAAAGGUCUUUUGAAGUCCGUGGCCUCGGCGGACAUGGACCAGGCCCAGCUGGAGGCCUUCCUGACGGCGCAGGUGCGUAAGCAGGGCGGGGGCGCGGUGAGCAGCGCGCAGGCCGCGGCGCUGGGCCGGUUCUGGAGGAGCCAGCGGGCGCGGGUCCGAGAGAGCCUCCUGGCGCUGAGCCGCUGGGAGCCCGCGCUGCGCGGCCUGGCCUGGAGGGUGGACCUGCAGACCUCCGCCAGCAGGGGGCAGCAUCAGCCCGCCAGCGCGCCCGUCGCCCUGCUGGAGCUGGAGACCGGCCGGGCUGGAGAGGACUCUGAGUUCCUGUGCCUGGAGUUUGACGAGGAGAAGGUGAACCAGGUGCUGCAGAAGAUGGCAGAGGUCCAGGAGUGCAUCGACCGCAUCGUGCACCAGAGCUAGCGGCCGACGUGCGGUUCGGUGGGGGGG